CAGCAUAUAUUGAGAAAACAUUAUACCGAGUCAACAGAGUCAUAGAAGAAGAAAUUGAGUAUGGCUAACUACCUUCGAACAAGGCUGCAUUUUCUUAUCGGUCUGGCGGGCUUCUUGGUGUUUUGUUUUGGUGUUUUUAUCUUGGCAUCAGCCCUAAAGAUAAGAAAUAUCCUAACUGGAGAGUUGAAAUAUUUUAUAAAUUAUGGGUCUAACACAUGUCAAUAUUGGGCUGGAAUACCGGUAAGGCUUGAAAGUUCGCAUUAUGUAUGUAAACCCAAAGCUGUCUUAAAUAAGUGAUCUAAUGAUAUUUCAAUCGCGGUGCUUUUCCGAUUCUACGGAUUAGGAACAUUAUACGAUGUAUGAAAAAAUUGAAGUUCAGCGAGCUAUUGAGUAUUGUUUAUCCAUUUGGCAUGAAAUGUUUGAACAACGUAUCAUUCAACAGAUAAAAACCUGAUUUGUCCGAAUAUGAAAAAAUCUCGGUCAUAUACACAGAGUAAUUCAGACACAAUACAAUAGCGUGCCGAUUACCUUUUUUAGAUCACUCUAUAUUGCAGCUUUGGCUGUUCCACGGGGUCGCUCAAGUACUAUUCGCGAUUGUUUCAGUAUUAUACGUGGUGUUGUAAACACAUUGUACUUUUAGCAUUAUGUAACUAUAUAACUUCCAGGCUAACUUUACAACGGGCUUUCGCUCAAAACUAAAUUACUUCCACCCUGCUUUCUCAAUCUAUUUAAUGCAAACAAACAAGUCCAUAACUAACACAAGAAACGUCGACUCGUAUCGAUGUCAUGCAUCAGUGUAGAACUAAUAUAAAACAAUUCACAAUACUUUCUCGUGGUCCAAAACUGUGGAAUUCCCUUCCUGAUACCGUUAGAAAGGCAGAGACAUUAAGUUCCUUCAGGAAUAGAAUGAUGAAAUACUUAUUUGAUUCAUGAUCUUAUUGAUACGCUUAAUUAAGUUUCUCAUGCUUGAUCAGAUAUACUUUAAUAUUUCCAUAUAUAUUUAAUUCAAUUCAAAGUUUCAAGGAGACAUCCUAUUCAUAAGCCCUAUGGUUUCUGGGGGACUCCUUGCCACUGACAUCAUGAAUCAAUAACUAUAUUUACUAUCUUUGUACCCUAUACAUAGUUAUUUAUGUUCUUGAAUUAUGUAAACGGUGUUGUUGGCGAAUUAAAUUAUUAUUAUUAUUAUUAAAACGUCGGAGUUCUCACGGUUUAAGGUGCGUUAUAUUUGUUCGUGUACAUGUACGGUAAAACAAUGACAAUUAUUCUUUGCCAAGGAGCUUUGUUCCGAAGAUAGUCGUGCCAGCUUUUGGACAAGGAAGAUUCAUCCGUGCCAUGUAUAUACGGCCGCAACAAAACUUGUCAAAAGGGAAACUUGUUGUCCCUACAUACGGGAAGCUAAACUUGUCUGUGCACGAGCCGGAGGCUAGUUAUACACGCUGCGGUUUGUCGCAUGGCCAGAUUUUGAGGGGAGGUGUGAGGAAGUGCGCACCUCCCGUGAGAUCGUUUUGCACCUCCCCUGAGAGUUUUUGCACCUCCCCUGAAAAGUCAUGCACCUCCCCUUGGGAAAGUUUCAAUGAUAGAUCAAAGUGAAAAUUUGACAUUUUUGGUUGCUUACGGAGCUCACUGAUCCGGGUAUGCGCAGUAACUGGAUUCAUUUUUUUCUUCUUAAUUUAGACCAUUCUUACAGGAGGUGUUUUGGUCCAGACAGCGCGCUUGAAUAAACGCCAGUCCUUGGUAAGCCAGUGCUUGGCUAGCCUGAGUGUCAGACGAAUAAGGAAUUAUAAUUCGUUAUUCGUCUGACACUCAGGCCAAUGCUUCGCCUAUACAGGGUGUAUCAAAAAAAGUAAGACAAUUUUGAAAUUGCUCUCAAUUCCACAAUUCUGUUCAUGAAAUGUAAUUUUUGCUAUAUAUGGAUUGCUUGAGUUCUUAAAUUAUAGAAAAUAUAAAAAUUUUUGAAAAUAGUAAAUUUUGCUAUCCAGGGGGGUGGUCAACUUUUGCUCCCCUAAAAGUGGCUUGCGCACGGAAAUGACAAACGGUAUUCUUUAUUUGAGUUCAUGUAUGAAAAGUUCGCUAUAGGACUAUUGCCUUGUGAUGAAGCGACUAUACACACGUCAGGCUGUUCCAGAUCUGCAAACACUUGUAACAAGAUUGUUGUGAAGCUUCAGGAUGUGUUUGCACUAGUGCUUGUUCCCAUGCAGUUGUUGUAACAAGUCUGGAACAAGUUGUUAUCGCCCUGUUACAAGGUUGAUGACGGUAAGGCUAAAAAAAAAUGUGGGUUUCCGGUUUCUUCUUAUAAAAAUUUUUUAAACUUUUUUUUAACUUUUUUUUUAAUUUUCCUAACAACCGGCGCCAUUUUGUUUAGUCAGUGCUUCCACAUCCAAAGAUAAAUUUCCCUAAUAUUGCCUCAAAUUUCAAUUUUCCACAAACUUUUUCCUCUAAGUGAAAAAACUUACAAGCAUGAUCCAAUAAAAAAGUUUAGGGUCGGGAUUUCGACGUCCAAAAGCUAGGUAGGGUCGGGAAACCGGAAACCCACACAUUUUUUUUUUGCCUAACAUACUGGUUUGCUACAAUUGUUCCAACAAGACUAAUACAAGCUGUCCGGUAACAAGUUGUUACAAGCUUGUUGUCAACCGCUUGUUAUUAGAGAAGUUCAGAUUUCACUUCCAUGCACUACCGCUACCACUAGCCGUCACUGGCUCAGCAAGCAUCUGAUUGGUUAAUCGGAUAUAUCAACGCAUUUGAUUGGUUAAUGAUCCCUUAAUGGUAGAGCUAGUGGAAUUCAAAUAUGCAUGAACCUCUCAAACAACUUGUUACGUGCAGCUGAUAUCAAAUUUGUUGGAACAACUUGUUAGGAGUCUGUUGACCUCAUCGACCUUGUUACAAAAUAAUAACAACUUGUCCCAGACUUGUGAACAACUGGGAACAAGCAGUGAGAACAGUUUAAUCCAAGACCAAUCAAUCCCACAGCAGUUUUCAAGAAGAUAGUGUUACAGUCAAAUCCUGUGUUCCGUUGCCAGCAACAUUGCAAUAUCGUCACGCAUUAUUGCAAUAUUGAUCGGCUGAUAUGAUUGCUCCAGCAAAUUGCAACCGACGCGAACAAAUUGCAAUUCUUACAUGUUGACAAUUUGUCGAGAGGUCGCGCCCAAAUGUCGAUGCCAAACAUUUGAUUGGCUUGUUUUGUACUAGUAGCCAAUCAGGCUUUAUUUAUUUAUGAACUUUUGAAUUUUGCAGUUGACGGUUUAGUACUGUUACUAGUAGUAUGUAAAAAUUGCAAUUUGUUUGCGUCGGUUGCAAUUUGCUAGAGCAAUCAGCCGAUCAAUAUUGCGUGACAAUAUUGCAAUGUUGCCCACAACGGAACACCGGAUUUGACUGUAAGUUGUUUUAGAUGUUUCUAAGAAAUAGUGUUUAGUUGUUUUACGUCUAAUUAUUUUUCCAGAAAUACGUCAGCCUUUGCUGUGUGCUGAUAACGAUGGUUCUAGCACUGGGAGUGAUUAUAGUAGAAGGAUUAGAUGCUACAGCUAUACAUAGAUAUUUCAAAGAAGAUGAAUCAACCUGUGGAGGCGAUAUGAACACACGACACGAGCUCAAUAUCAAGGACGAUUGUGCCAAAUUUAAAGAAGCAUAUCUCUGGUAUUUUAUGUUGGUGUUCAUAACUGUUAUUGUGUUGGUGCUGUGUUCCUUCGUCCUGCUCCUACUGUUUGCAGAUUGGAUUUUGUUUAUUGCACCGGUACGAAUUAUGUUAGUUUUAUAGAUGUUCAUAUUUUACAGGCACUGAAGUCAAAAUGAAGUUAAUUGAUGUGUUAUUUACAACACGAUCGGCUGUGUUGUAUCGGAUGUACAAACUUUGAUACAGCACGGACGCGAAUGUUGUAAAUAGUUUGUGAAAUGUCUUGAUGAGAACAUUCGUAUUCUUCAACAAUUUAAAAUAAAUUAAUGAUAUUUGGUGAGAAAAUUAAACAUAAAGUUUAUUAUGUAAAUCAGCAUAAUUUUGCCGGUAUCAGAAACAAAAACUCCUUCACCGUCGAUUUUCUUUGUUUUUUUCAUGAAUUAUUAUAAUGAGUUUCACAAAUAUAUAUUGGAUAGUUGCAUGAGUUCUAAAUUGUUCUUCCAAGACGCCCAGUAUGGCGUUACAGAUAUUGGAGAAAUUCACGUAUAAAUUUGGCUAAAAUUUUCGGUCGAAAGCUGACAGAAAAUGUUUCAUGUCCCCUAGUGGUCACAGAAAAUAAGAAAUUUUAUCCAACCCUGGCAAUAAGAUUGAAUGUAUAUUCUACAGUACCCAUUUAUAAAAAAAAUUGUGAUAUUUUCAGGAAAUGCUACAUGACCAACAUGCAUCACAUGAAGUUCCUCCACCGCAGCAGGAAAGAUAUGUGGCAGCGCCCACGGAACAAUACCAGUGGGCUUGGAAUUCUCAUCACGAUCAGAGUACAAUACCAUUGCAUCCAAUGUAAAUGCUAAGACUGUAAAAUCUGACUAAACUUUUAAGUGUGAUAUCAUGGAUAAUAAAAUACAUGGAUAGGAAACUAGCUGACGUGACCUAAUGUUUCCAAUGGGAUGAUGGCGUUGAAACCUAGUUGCAAACCAAAUUCUCAAAAAUGGCAUGUUUAGCAAUAAUACAGCUAAACAUUUUAGUCAAAGAGGAAAUAAAUAUGACUACGCCAUUCUACGAUAAAAUCUCCAAGUAUUUCCAGUCAAUUUUAGCAAAUAUUUCAAGCACUAAACAGUGAAAAAUACAUCGCAAAUUUCGUUAAAAUUGGCGACGCCAAUUUCGUAGCUACAAAUGUAAAAAAAAAUACAAAACAAAGACGAAAAACGUUUACCUUGAAUACUUUGUCGUGGCUUAGGCAUGUUUUUAAAACAAUUCGCGAAAAUAUAGCGAAACAACAAAAAUGCUGAGAACUUUAGCAAUACGCGUGACGUCACAGAUUGCAACUAGGUUUAGACUGUGACGUCAGGAACAGGGGCGUAGGAAGCUUCGAAAAAUUGGGGGGGGGGCCAGGCUUUGAGGGGCACUUUUCGAAAAAAAAAGGGGGAUCUAAAAAUUAUUUUUGGCGACCUCCCCUCCAUCCCGUCGCCAAAAAUAUUUCGGUCAGUGUACCAUUUUAGGUAAAAAAAUUUUCGGACAUACCACAUUUCUUCCUAAAUACGAAAAUUUUUUCCGGAUAUAUAAUAUUUUUCCAGGAAACUACUAAAACAUUUUCCGGAAAUAACAUAGAUUGAAGUUUUCAAAAGUGCCCUUUGGGCAAAAAAUGCAAUUUUAAAGAAAAUUUUUCACGCAAAAAAAGGGCACUUGGCUCCUGGAAAAAGGGCACUUGCCAAAACUUGGGGGCCUGCCCCCCCCCCCCCUGUUCCUACGCCCCUGGUCAGGAAGUUUCCUAUCCAGUUAUUUUACAAUCCAUGGUGAUAUAUAUUGCAGAUUGUAAGUUAUGUUUGUAAUAAUAUUUCAAAUCCGACUAAAGGAUUGGACUGUAUAUAGCCUGAGGACUGGAUCAAAAUUCAUAGAAAAAUCUGAUUGCUAUGUUUAUUUGUUUUUUAAAUACUUUGAAAACCUAAAAAUAAUAUUUUAAAACUAUUAUUAUAGCAAAAUACAACCGGU